GUGUGUGUGUGUGUGGUAUGAGUAAUGGCCCAUGGUAUUUACACAUGAGUUGGUCGCAUCUUUCACUGCCGUCAGUAUAACUAUCAGUAUAACCAUUACCGGCCUCAUUCUCGUGUCGUCUCGUCUCGCCUCGUUUCAUUCAUCUCAUGAUACUGCUGUAUAGGACCACUAAAAAUGGCACAGCAGCAACGCAGCUGGGAUGAGGGAGCCAGCGGAGGUGGGGGCUAUAGGCAGCAGGCCUCCGGCCAGCACAAAUCCACCGCUAGGACGGCCAGCAAUCCAUUGCCGAGCAGAGGAGCCACUCCCAAGGCGCCCAGGCCCUACCAUCCCGCACCGCCAUCGGUAUAUGCAACUCCCUUAAUGACGGGGACGGGGACGGGUCCGCGCAGUCCAAGCUAUGGCUACAGCGGGGGAUACGAGGCGCCCAGGAGUCCCAAGAUCACAACGUCCUUCGCCAACGACAGCUGUGACGACGGGAGCAGCUCCACGCCGAGCUCCUACUACCAGACUCCGCCCUCGGGCUCCAUAGAUGACUCCUACUCGCUGUUCAGCGGUCGCACAUCUGCCCGCAGUCCGAAUGCUCCGUGCAAGUUCGUCUUCGAUGCCGUGAGCCCCAAUUCCGGAGCAGACCACUCCGCGUUUUCCAAGAAGUUUGAGUACUACGAGCCCUUCUCGCCGGACGGGGAUGGUGGACCCGAGUACUAUGAGCCGCCCAGCUCGCCGCGUCGCCAGGGCUCCAAGAAGCUAAUGAGGAGCAAGCUGCCGCUUGAGCCACUGCCUCUGGUGACCACAACGGGCGUAGACGAUGGCAGCAAGCGACGGCACGACGAGUGGGAGCUGCCGGUGAUCAGCAAGAUCGACGUGGCCCGGAACCUGAGCUCGGCAGAAGGAGCGGGAGCAAGAAGAGGGGGCUACUACGGGUUCAAGCGCGAUUCCUGCGUGACCGACUGCACCCAGCUGUCCAUGGAGUCGGGCGAGACGGGAACCCAGCACACAAACAGCACCCUGGUGACCCACACCACGACUAGCUUCAGUUUUACGGACCCAGAGCAGCAGCAGCAGCAGCAACAUCUGCAGCGGCAGCGCCGCCAUGCCAUCAACAUCACCUCGAAUCCCGGCUACCAGGUGCUCCACAGCUCGCACUCCACCUUGGACCGCACAUGUUCCGACAGCGUGGUCUCCCUCCGCUAUCGAAAGUCCACCAGCGACCUAACCCAGGAUCCGGACCAUGAGCUGAGCGGCUGCAAGCCACCCAAACCGGUCAAGGCAAAGCGCGAGGUCGUCGAGCACAAGCCCCGCCGCAGGGGCAGCUCCAAAGGAGGCCUGGCCCUCCUGGCCAGUCGCCGCAACUCGCGCGAGUCCAUGAAGAGCGCCUGCUCCAAUGCCUCCAUAGUGUCCAACGAUGAUGUUGGCCCACUGGCCUUCCAAAGCUCCAAUCGGGGUCGUCAGCGGAGAACGUCGAACUUUCUCGAGCUGCCAGUUCCCGACCACAUUCGGCCGCGAGUCUGUUCUCUACCGGAGCGCCCGUACAAUCCCAGGGCCAGCGACGAUCUCUACCGCCUCCGUCACUUCUCCAUCAGCAAGGGCAACGUGGUCAACUGCGGGGAUUCCAUAAUCUCGCGCCGUUCCCGGAGCAACACGAGCGUGAACUCGACAAACAGCCGGGCCAGCGAAAGGUCCCCCUUCGAGGGUAGCUGCUGUGGUGGCGGGUAUGCCAACGUGGACUCUCUGCCGGUCUCCUCGGACGAGUCGGACAACCUGGAGCCGCCGCCUGCGGCCCGCUACCGAGUGGUGAUGCUGGGCGAUGCGGGAGUGGGAAAGACGGCGCUUGUCAACCAGUUCAUGACCUCGGAAUACAUGCACACCUACGAUGCAAGCCUAGUUUUAGACGAUGAGUUCGGCGAGAAGACGGUCAGUGUCCUGCUGGAUGACGAGGAGUCGGACAUGGUCUUCAUCGACCACCCGAGCGUCGAGAUGAGCGUGGAGAACUCGCUCUCCACCUACGAGCCGCACGGCUGUGUCGUUGUCUUCUCGGUGGUCGACCGGGGCACGUUCCGUGUGGCCGAGGAAAUCAUCAAUUAUCUGUGGCAGGAGAAAUACACCAAGGACAAGGCCGUCAUCCUCGUAGGCAACAAGGCGGAUCUGGCCCGUGCCCGGCUUAUCACAUCACAAGAGGGAAAAGCCCUGGCCGCCUCACGCGAUGCCAAAUUUAUCGAAACGUCAAGCGGCAUACAGCACAAUGUCGAUGAGCUGCUCGUCGGCAUAUUGAAGCAGAUGCGCCUGAAGGAGGUACGCGAGAAGAAGGCUACCCAGUCGAAGAUGAAGCACUCUCGCACCCACAUAUCGCUGCAUCUGGCCAAGGAGAUUCUGCAGAAAAUCUGCCUCUCCGACAUCUCCAAGUCGAAGAGCUGUGAGAACCUCCAUGUGCUCUAAGAAGAUGGAAGGAGGAUCCCCCAACAAAUACGAGUACCAGCCUCAUGUGCAGAGCCAUGGCUCCCAAACAGAAUGAGAAUGAGGAGGAAGAGGACGAGGACGAGGAAGAGGAAGAGAAGGGGCCGAGUCCAUUGUCGAUGUCUUCUUUUGGCACAUUCUUGUGUAAAAGCCAAAUUAUGCCACAGAGCACUGUGCAAAGGAGAAUUUUUAUCAAAAGCGGCAGGCGGAAUAUUUUGAAUGCCAUUCAGAUUAGCCGAAGGGAGGCCCACGCUUUUGUUAUGUUUUUUGCUACGUCGCCGUCGCCGUUGCCGGCCCCAAAAAAUAUUGAAAGUUUAAUGUUAGGUCGCCGCUCCUCAGGACCAUCUCCAUCUCCAUCCCCUUUGCCUUUCCCGUCACCAUUCCGGCAAGUCAUUGGCCGUGGUCAGGCCUCCGCGAGCAGCGAUAAUUCGUUUGUUUAUGGCGGAUGUUUCGAUUAGCUUAUCGGGCCCAGACGCACCUACUUUCGGGUUCUGACCAAGGCCUUGCCUUGUUGAUAAGCGGCGACCCAGCGACGCGUGUGCAGCCUCCACCCAGAAGCUGGGCAUAAGUACGAGUAGGCCCUAAGAAUAUGUGUAUAUUAUGUGUAUGUGUACUUAUAUGUGUUCCAAUGGAGAAUAAUUUCAAAUCCAAUAAUGUACUGUCAAUUUAACUAGGCGAUGCUGAUGCUGAAGCUGAAGGAGCAGCCAUAGGCCCAUGCAGAAGAGCGAACUUUAUAGAUGUUGAUAUACUUAUACAAGCAUAUAGAUAUACAGAUACAGAUGCAGAUAAAGUUACUAUAUAUAUAUAUAUAUAUAUAUAUCCUAUCCGAUAAGUGUGCGCUAUC